AUGUCCACCAACGUCACGUCUCCGGACACCGACCCGACGACGGGACCCGCCGCGACUCCUGGGACAACCGUUCCCGUCGAGAGCAGCGCCCCCCCGGCCACCAGUGCCCCCCCGCCCCAAACCACACCCCCAGCUCCCACGACUGCACCCGCCCCCACGACCCAAGCGCCGGCUCCGGCCACCUCUCAGGCUCCGGCCCCGCCAACCUCACAAGCACCUGCGCCGGCGACCUCGCAACCACCAAGUCCAUCUCCGACCACUGAGACCCCAAUCCCGCAGCCGCCUAGGACCACUCUUAUCGUGUCAACCAUCAUCAUUACGCCCACGGAGGCUGGCGGCAAGACGAGCACCGUCUUUACCGUCAUCACACAGACCCAGGGCGUAACGCAAAACCCGACCACUGCCAGCUCGUCUGCAUCUGCCACAUCUUCCGGCGGCGCCAUCAACUCGGGCGGAAGCUCCAAGAGCGGCCUCGGCAACGGCGGCACCAUUGCUGUCGCCGUCGUCGUGCCCAUCGCCGCCGUCGCCCUGCUCAUCCUGGCCGGGCUCUACUUUUGGAGGAAGAGGAAGCAACGCAAGGAUGCUGAGGAGGAGCGUCGCAAGGAGGUCGAGGACUACGCCUAUAACCCCAAUGCCGAUCCCACCAUCCCGCCCCUCGGCGAUGGCGGCUCCUAUGAGAUGAAGGAGGACGCUGCCUCGUCCGGAUACCGUGGCUGGGGCUCCACUACUCUUGCCGGAUCGACCGGGCGCAAGGCGUCCACGACGAUGUCCGGGGGCAACACAGGUGCGGCUUACUCGGACACCACCCCGCCGACUCGUGGAACUGACACCUAUUCAGGGGAGCCCUUGAUCAACGAAGGCUCGCACUCGCCCGAUGGCGAGAUCCUCGGCGCCAUGGGCCCUUCGGCGGCCCUCAACCGCGGGGCCGGCGUCCAGCGCGGACCCUCCAACGCCUCGUCGUCGUACAGUGCCGGCAAUCACUCGGACACAUCUGACGGCAUCGGUAUGGCGUAUGGCGGUGGAAACAGCAACGGUAACGGGUAUUACGACCAGUACGCCAACAACCCGUACUCCGAAGGCCCCUACGACCAGCGGGCCACCGAACUCCCCGGCCAGCCGGUUAUCCGCGAUAACCCAGCCCGGCGCAACACCCGGAUUGAGAACCCCUCCCACUACCCCCAACAGCAAAACGCCGGCAUCUCGCAGAACUUUUAG